AAAUGCAGGGAAACAAAUCUCAGGCACUUGUGUUCAAAGUUAUGUCAUUUGGAAAGAAAUCAGGGGAACCCAAAGAAUCUAAAGAAGAGAUGCUUGCUAGAAAAUCGGAAGCAAAAAAGAAAGAAUUAGAAGCAAAAUCAGAAAAGUUAGAGAAAAAGAAACAGUUACAGAUAGAAAAAGAAGCCGAGAAAGAGAGAAGGAAAGCUGAAGCGAAAGCAAAAAAAGAGGAGAAGGAAAAGAAGACACUUGAAACUACUAUGGCAGCCAAAGAGAAAGAAGAAAGUAAACACCUGUGUCUGUGUGACGAAGAUCUAGAUAUGAUGGGGCCUAGCAGAUCAGAAAUAUUGGCAAACGCAGAAGAACAUCAACUGCCAAUAGUAGCUUACAAUAACAAAAGGAAAUUCAAAGAUUACACUCAUAGUCGAGAUUAUGGUGUAGCUUACAACAGGGAUGUUGAGGCUUAUCAUUAUCGGGGCUACGAUAUUAACCCACCAAUCGCUGGACAAGACUUUGGAGCUGUGAAAGAAUCGACUAAAUGGGUGCAAUAUAUGAGUCAUGCCGAGAGACACAAGCGAUUUUACCCGUAUCGGAUGAAUUACAUACCAACAGACAACAGCUUCGUCCAGCUUGUGUUAAUUAUUCAUCUUCUUGCUUGCCUAUUCACAUUGCUCUGUACUAUUUGCUGCAAAUAUAUAAAACAGCUUCAUAGGCUAUUAGCUUAUGAGAUCAUAUGGUUGCCGGGAUGCAUUGGAGUAGUAUUCACAUCCUACAUGCUGUUAUGUUCUGCGUGCUCCAGGAAGUUUCCCUUGAACUAUACUCUGCUGUUCAUUAAUAUAGUUUCUAUGACCUACAUGUGUUGCUAUGUAACCGCCUAUCAAGAUACUUUUGGAGUGAUUGUUGCUGUCAGCUGUAUAGCUUUUAUUGGCUUGAUUUUCCUUGUGAUGUCUCUUUGUGAUGUCGAUUUCAGUAAAGUGGCAGUAGUGGUUGGCGCCGCAGCGUUGGGUGUGAUCGUGCCUUUGAUAUUGUAUGCUAUACUUGGAAGUACGUCUUAUACCAAGAACUGGGUGCCAAAGAUGCAGCGACACUACAAUAUGAUGAUAAUAGGCAUCGCCACUCAUAGCACGUCAAUGAUCCUCAUGCUACAACUAAUUGUUCAAAACAGAACCGUACUUUUGCCAGACGACGAUUAUGCUACUGGAACCUUCGUGGUCUACAUGUGUGAGAUUUGUAUGUUUAUGAAACUGGUCUCAUAUAUGGGGUUGUUCGAAGAAAAUCACCAUUAGCACAGUGUAAUAAAAUAUAGUCCAUACAGUACAGGACACUCUCCGUCCCCCACUUGAAACGAUUCCCUGCCUUCCCUCUCAAACUAUUUCAGUUGAAAUCUGUGUUUUAACCUCAGAAAAUGUGGUUUAAACUCAGCACCCUGCGCGUGGCGUUUCACAUACGAACUUGGAAGGGCGUAUGGCGACUCAUUCGCUUGGUGUCCUGUCUAUGCCAUUAGUAUGUCUAUGUUAAUUUUAUGAUUUAAUUAGUUUUAAUUUACAUUAAUUUGUGAUCACUUUAUACCUUAUGUUAACUGUUAUAUGUGCUUUUGAGGUCUGUAUUUGGUAAUAUUUAAUUAAUUUUGAAAACAAUUAUAGUAAUUAUGUUAGUUUCUUUGAUUCAAAGUUAAUUUUGUUAAUAUUUUAAUAUUCCCUUUAAUUCGUAGUUAUAUAAUAUUUUAAUUUGGA